GCUAUCGAUGGAGAUGGCGUCCGCGGCUGUGUGAGGGGCGGUGGAGGCCCAGAACCCGGGCCCAAGGGAUUGGAAAGGCCUGCGUGCCUGCAGAAGGCCGGCCGGGUGCAGAGGGUGCCUUACAAGUGUUAAGAACUCACCAUAUGUGGUCAAGUAAACAAUCAAGGUAAAGAGCGUCAAGUAAAAACUUCUGCUUGUUGAUAAGUACUUCAGACACUCCCCCAGUGGCUAAAGUGGCAUACGAAUUAUGAAACUGAAUCAUUUGGAAUGAAUGUAAGAGAAUUGUCAAGGGCUCCUCCUAUUCCAGAGAGGGAACCUCAUCCAAGGCCAUGAAGCCACUUCCUCACCAUCUGUGUACUGCUUGAUUAAGCGAAUGCUGCAGGAACCGUGGUUCCUUGGAAGGAAUCAAGCUGACUCUUGGCAUGAGAUCCCUGUCUUCUUAGGGUUGAGAGGGGCACUGCCAUGGCUUCUCUGGACGACCCAGGGGAGGUGAGGGAGGGCUUUCUCUGCCCUCUGUGCCUGAAGGAUCUGCAGUCUUUCUAUCAGCUUCAUUCACAUUACGAGGAAGAGCACUCGGGGGAAGACCGUGAUGUCAAGGGCAAAUUAAAAGUAAGAAGUCUUGUCCAGAAGGCUAAGAAAGCAAAGGACAAGUUGUUGAAACGAGAAGGGGAUGAUCGAGCAGAAUCAGGGACCCAAGGAUAUGAGUCUUUCAGCUAUGGAGGGGUUGAUCCUUACAUGUGGGAACCCCAGGAGCUUGGUGCUGUGAGAAGCCAUCUUUCUGAAUUCAAAAAACACCGAGCUGCUAGAAUUGACCACUAUGUUGUGGAAGUCAAUAAAUUAAUAAUCAGGUUAGAGAAGCUCACUGCAUUUGACAGAACAAAUACGGAGUCUGCAAAGAUUAGAGCAAUAGAAAAGUCUGUGGUGCCUUGGGUCAACGACCAGGAUGUCCCUUUCUGUCCAGACUGUGGGAAUAAGUUCAGCAUCCGGAACCGCCGCCACCAUUGUCGCCUCUGCGGGUCUAUUAUGUGCAAGAAGUGUAUGGAGCUCAUCAGCCUUCCCUUGGCAAACAAGCUCACCAGUGCCAGCAAGGAGUCCCUGAGCACCCACACCAGCCCCAGCCAGUCACCCAAUAGUGUCCAUGGCUCCCGCCGAGGCAGCAUCAGCAGCAUGAACAGUGUCAGCUCGGUCCUGGAUGAGAAGGACGAUGACCGGAUUCGCUGUUGUACACACUGCAAGGACACGCUGCUCAAGAGAGAGCAGCAGAUUGAUGAGAAGGAACACACACCUGACAUCGUGAAGCUCUACGAGAAAUUACGACUCUGCAUGGAGAAAGUUGACCAGAAAGCUCCAGAAUACAUCAAGAUGGCAGCAUCAUUAAAUGCUGGGGAGACAACCUACAGUUUGGAACAUGCCAGUGAUCUUCGAGUGGAAGUGCAGAAAGUGUAUGAGCUAAUAGACGCUUUAAGUAAGAAGAUCUUAACCUUAGGCUUGAACCAGGACCCGCCACCACAUCCAAGCAAUUUGCGGCUGCAGAGAAUGAUCAGAUACUCAGCAACACUUUUUGUGCAGGAAAAGUUGCUUGGUUUGAUGUCACUGCCGACCAAAGAACAGUUUGAGGAACUGAAAAAGAAAAGGAAGGAGGAAAUGGAGAGGAAGAGGGCCGUGGAGAGACAAGCUACCCUGGAGUCCCAGCGAAGGCUUGAGGAAAGGCAGAGUGGCCUGGCUUCUCGAGCAGCCAACGGCGAAGUGGCAUCUCUUCGCAGGGGUCCUGCCCCCUUGAGAAAGGCUGAGGGCUGGCUCCCACUGUCAGGAGGUCAGGGGCAGAGUGAGGACUCAGACCCUCUCCUCCAGCAGAUCCAUAACAUCACAUCGUUCAUCAAGCAAGCCAAGGCUGCAGGCCGCAAGGAUGAAGUGCGCACCCUGCAGGAGAACCUGCGGCAGCUGCAGGACGAGUAUGACCAGCAGCAGACAGCGAAGGCCAUCGAGCUGUCCCGGAGGCAGGCUGAGGAGGAGGACCUGCAGCGGGAACAGCUGCAAAUGCUUCGUGAACGGGAGUUGGAACGAGAAAGGGAGCAGUUUCGGGUGGCAUCCCUGCACACACGGACUAGGUCCCUGGACUUCCGAGAAAUUGGCCCUUUUCAGCUGGAGCCCAGCAGAGAGCCUCGUACCCACCUUGCUUAUGCUUUGGAUCUAGGCUCUUCCUCAAUUCAAAGCAGCAUAGCUCCCAAGACUCCUACACCCAGCUCGGCUCAAGAGCCCAUCAGAGUGUGGUCUGGGCCCUCAGCCCUUGGCCAGGAGCUCUUAACCCAGAGCAGCAUGUCACAGCAAAAUGAGAGGCCCUCCUUAAACCCUUUUGAUGAGGAAGACCUUUCCAGCCCUGUGGAAGAGGGCACUGCUAAUCCUCCUUCUGCAGGGGCUUCCUUCGGCCCUUCAGCCCACAUCCCGAAAGAGUACAAUCCUUUUGAGGAAGAGGAUGAGGAGGAGGAGGCAACGGCUGGGAAUCCAUUCAUUCACCCAGAAAGCCCAGCUCCUAACCCCUUCAAUGAGGAAGACGAACAUCCCCAGCAGAGGCACCCAAGCCCUUUGGUUCCUGGCAACCCCUUUGAGGAACCCACCUGUACCAACCCCUUUGAGAUGGACAGUGACAGUGGGCCAGAGGCUGAGGAGCCCAUAGAAGAGGAGCUCCUGCUGCAGCAGAUCGAUAACAUCAAGGCAUACAUCUUUGAUGCCAAGCAGUGCGGCCGUCUGGAUGAGGUAGAGGUGCUGACGGAGAACCUGCGGGAGCUGAAGCACACCCUGGCCAAGCAGAAGAGGGGCACUGACUGACCAGCAAUGGGGAGGGCACCUUUGGGCCCAGGGGUCUGGCAGGAGCCAGUGGAGCAGGAGCAGGGCAGGUGGGAUGGAUGGGGAAGGUGGUGGGGUGAGAACUCAGAUGCACACUGUUGUGCUCUUUGAGGUAUUUCCACUACAGUUGAAUAAUAGAAACUAGAACAGGGAGAAUCAGCAUUCAUUUGCUGUUUUUCCUGUUUAUUAUUAUUUUUUUGUAAUCAGAGGUUUACCACUUUUGAAGGGAGUUUACAUUUUUACUACCAAGAUACAACUAAAUGCAGCUCUGUUGGUCCCAGGGCAAAAAUGGCUGCUAUGCACCUCUUGGGUCCAUUUGCUACUGCUAGUCUUGGGUCCUUAUGCAGUAUUAUAGGGCAGCCUUUUUUAGAGCCCUUCCUUUAGCCAAGACAGAGAAGAUAGAUUCCAUUGAGCUGUAUUCUGCUCAAACAGAAGUCCAUCCCUAGUAGGCUGUGAGUUCCAUUUCAUGUGGGGCUGCCUCUCCCCUGCUUGGUGCUUCCAGUCAGUACCGAAUGGGGAGGUGCUGCUGUAUAAAGGGGCGAGUUUAGAGGCAGGAGAGCCCAGCACCUCUUUUUAAGGCAGGGUGACAGGAAUAUUUCACGAGGGCCUAUUUUCUCAGUUUAAGUUCUUCUUUGUCUCUUUCAGGAAGUUAAGCUCCCAGUGCAGGGAUAUCAAUGUGAAUCUGGUCCUGAGCUUUUUAGAAAAUAAGAGUGGUUAACUUUUUUUGUGAGAAGAGUUUCACCACUCUUGUUCUGAUGGAACAAUUCACUGUCACUGGAGAAAUCUCCCUCCAGAGCUUGGCAAAAUUACUCUGAUCUGGGUCUGUUUAAAAGGCCUAGUCUCUAAUUUAGUAAUCAGUGAUCUGGAAGCUUUCAUGGAACAUUGCCAGAAGAAGGGAAGCUUCCCAGAGUCAGAAGGUAAAAUUAAAAUAAUUUCCAAGGCUCUUUGAUCAGCCUUCUUCCAUUUUGGUUCAUCUUGUCCUGAGCUGGGGCACUGAUGAGAUUUUUUUUUUUUUUUUUUUUU